GAUUUAUGACUCGGGCAAUAAUGUAAUGGAAUGUCAAGGCUAGGUAGUCUGAGGCUAUUGUAGGAGCCCAUAUUGUAACAGCCCAUGCCAGAGUGUUGUUGAGAUUUUGUUGCGUGCAAGAAUGGGUUUGCUUCAUUUACUGAGGAGCUGAACAUCAUGGAAUUAUCACAUCUGACUUAGAUGAAAAUUCAUUGAUGAAACAAGUAUAUGUGGCUUGUCUUUGGGCUGUGCCCUGAAGUUCUGUGAUAAUUUUCUGAGGCUGAAUUUGAGAUUCAACAACCAGACCUUCCUCAGUGCAAGGUAUGAUUGAAAUUAUUGCAAUGUUUUCUCCUUCAUGUUCACUGUCUUGAAUUUUACCAGGAUGCCCAACCCCAUUCUUGCUCACUUACUGCCUCGAUGUCAAAUCAAUCGGAGUCACCUAACCUCUGAAAUUCAUCUCUUUGAUCCAAGUUUGGGCCAAGUCUGCAAUUAAUUUGCGAAUAGAAUUCUAGAGAAACCCAGAUGUGUUAACAGUGAGCAUAUUUGCUGAUGAUUAUGAAUUACAGGUUAGGCAGUAAUUGCCGGUAUGGAUUUGUCAUGUGUUUUGUGAAUAGGGUAUACCUGGAUGUAUUUUCAUACUUUCUGUAGUUGUAAUUUUAAUGGAACAGCUUAAGUAGUAGCACAGCUAGUUUUUGACUAUAGGGCUUUGGAACUGCAGUUGGAUUUCCUGUAACCUUUGCCUUUUCUUGAUAUAAUGUGAAGUGCAUAAAUUGGCUGAAGACCAAUUCCCCUGAUGGUGGGGUUCUCAGCAGAGAGCUGAGAUGAGUCAUCUGUAGUUACUUUUGGUUGAAUGUGGUUGCAAACGCUUCAGCUUUGUCUCUAGUGUUCAUGUGCUGGGCCUUGCAAUCAUUGAGGGAUAUUCUUAGUGCAGAAAAAAACAAAGACAGUUACAGUUUUAAAACAAUAGUUAUAUUUCCUUUGUAAUCCACAAAAUAUAUAGUUAACCGAGGUCUACUGUUAAAUUUUAAUUUGAAGUUCAUUCUGGUAAAAUGCAGUUUACACAUAUUUAAUUAUUCAGGUUCUGUUCAACAAAGACAAAUUAUGCUGAUAGCAAGCCAGGCACAGCAGCAGGUUUAUUUUUAUCUACUGGACAUAUGACCUGUAUUAACUGCAAAUAUUUUAUGACAAUACAGUGUUAGAUUAUUCUUUCACUGCCUGAAAGGGGAUCAGAUUGCUUCUCAUUGUCUUUGUGAUAUAUUGUAUUUGUGAUAAAUACAUCCUAGAGAUAAAACCCAAAUGUAUUUUUCAUCCCAGAGCUCAAUUACGGUUUGCAGUAGCAAGAUUUUGCCCAAAUAUGUCUUUCAUAAAGACCAAGCAAGUAAAGAACGGAGAAGAUACUUUCCACAUAAUCCAGUUAAUUGAAAGAUUGCACAAAAACAAGAGAAAAAAAAUUCAGAACUCCAGCCCAGCUUUGUGUACAGCAACGGUGUUGAAGAGAUGAUCACUCCAGAAAUCCCAGUGUUACAGGAGUCAGCAAAUGAAACAACCAUUCAUUCUGAUGUUACUGGUGAAUUCGAUGACCCAGAAGUGAAAGCACGGAAACGCAGAGCUCGUGGCCCUGGCAGGCCACCGACUGCUAAGAAGGCAAGACGUACUCCAGGAGAAAAAAGUCGUCUUAGCACAGGUGGUAGAGCAAAUCAGGGAAGAGCUAAUGGGCACCAUCAGCAAAAUGGAGAAGUUGAACCAGUCACGCUAUUUGAAGUGGUAAAAAUGGGAAAGAGUGCCAUGCAGUCUGUGGUUGAUGACUGGAUUGAAUCAUACAAGCAAGACAGGGAUAUUGCACUUUUGGACUUAAUCAACUUUUUCAUCCAGUGUUCAGGAUGUAAAGGCACUGUCAGAAUUGAAAUGUUUAGAAAUAUGCAGAAUACAGAAAUAAUCAGGAAAAUGACUGAAGAGUUUGAUGAAGACAGUGGAGAUUAUCCACUAACAAUGCCUGGUCCACAGUGGAAGAAAUUUCGCUCAAAUUUCUGUGAGUUUAUUGGAGUGCUGAUCCGGCAGUGUCAGUACAGUAUUAUUUAUGAUGAAUACAUGAUGGAUACAGUGAUUUCUUUGCUAACUGGGCUUUCUGAUUCCCAAGUUCGAGCCUUCAGGCACACCAGUACGUUGGCUGCUAUGAAGCUGAUGACUGCAUUAGUGAAUGUAGCCUUAAACUUAAGUAUACAUCAGGAUAAUACACAAAGACAGUAUGAAGCUGAAAGGAACAAAAUGAUAGGCAAACGAGCUAAUGAUAGAUUAGAAUUACUUCUACAAAAGAGAAAGGAGCUUCAAGAGAAUCAAGAUGAAAUAGAAAACAUGAUGAACUCUGUUUUCAAGGGUAUUUUUGUGCACAGAUAUCGUGACGCAAUUUCAGAGAUACGAGCCAUCUGUAUUGAGGAAAUAGGUGUGUGGAUGAAGAGCUACAGUGAUGCCUUCCUCAAUGACAGUUAUUUAAAAUAUGUGGGAUGGACAUUACAUGAUCGGCAAGGUGAGGUAAGGCUGAAAUGUCUGAAAGCUUUGCAGUCACUCUACACUAAUAAGGAGCUCUUCCCGAAACUAGAACUCUUCACCAAUAGGUUCAAGGAUCGUAUUGUGUCUAUGACAUUAGACAAAGAAUAUGAUGUUGCUGUGGAAGCCAUUCGAUUGGUUACUUUGAUACUGCAGGGAAGUGAGGAGGCAUUGUCCAAUGAAGAUUGUGAGAAUGUGUAUCACCUGGUAUAUUCUGCACACCGACCUGUUGCUGUGGCAGCUGGGGAGUUCCUGAACAAAAAAUUAUUCAGCAGACAUGAUCCACAAGCAGAAGAAGCAUACGCUAAGAGUAGAGGAAGACAUAGUGCAAAUGGAAAUCUCAUCAAAAUGUUGGUGCUUUUCUUCCUUGAGAGUGAGUUGCAUGAACAUGCAGCUUAUCUUGUGGAUAGUCUGUGGGAGAGCUCCCAAGAACUUCUGAAAGAUUGGGAAUGCAUGGUAGAACUGCUUCUGGAAGAACCUAUACAAGGAGAGGAAGGUAUGACUGACAGGCAGGAAACUGCACUUAUAGAGCUAAUGGUCUGUACAAUUCGUCAAGCUGCAGAGGCACAUCCUCCAGUUGGAAGAGGAACAGGCAAAAGGGUGUUGACUGCAAAGGAGAGAAAAACACAAAUAGAUGACCGGACUAAAUUGACAGAGCAGUUCAUUGUAGCACUUCCUAUGCUGCUGGGAAAGUAUUCAGCCGAUUCUGAGAAAGUGGCAAAUUUACUACAAAUUCCUCAAUACUUUGAUUUGGAGCUUUAUAGUACUGGAAGGUUGGAGAAGCAUUUAGAUGCAUUAUUAAAACAAACCAAGUUUGUUGUUGAAAAACACAUCGAGUCAGAUGUAUUGGAAUCUUGCAGCAAGACGUAUAAUAUUCUGUGUAGCGAAGAAUACACGAUCCAGAACCGUGUUAACAUUGCACGGAGUCAGAUGAUUGAUGAGCUGGUAGAGCGAUUCAGCCAGUCAGUUGAAGACUUGUUACAGGAGGGUGAAGAAGCAGAUGACGAUGACAUUUAUAAUGUUCUCUCCACUUUGAAGAGGUUAACUGCCUUCCACAAUGCUCAUGAUCUCACAAAAUGGGAACUGUUUGGAAACUGCUACAGACUUUUGAAGAGUGGAAUUGAACUAGGUUCUAUGCCAGAACAGAUAGUUGUCCAGGCACUCCAGUGCUGUCACUACUCAAUUUUGUGGCAACUUGUCAAGAUAGCGGAAAGUUCCCCAACUAAGGAUGAACUACUUGGUUUGAGAAAAACAGUGAAAGCGUUUUGUAUUGUCUGUCAGCACUGUUUGACAAAUGUCAACCCUUCUGUCAAAGAACAGGCAUUCAUGUUGCUUUGUGAUCUCCUGAUGAUAUUCAGUCACCAGCUAACAACUGGUGGCAGGGAUGGACUCAAACCCCUUGUUUACAACCCAGACACUGGGCUGCAGUCAGAGUUGCUCAGCUUUGUUAUGGAUCAUGUAUUUAUUGAUCAAGAUGAGGAGAAUCAGAGCAUGGAAGGAGAUGAGGAAGAUGAAGCCAAUAAGAUUGAAGCUCUUCACAAAAGGAGAAACCUCCUGGCAGGAUUUUGCAAGCUUAUAAUUUAUGAUGUUGUGGAUAUGAAUGCUGCUGCAGACAUUUUUAAGCACUAUAUGAAGUAUUACAAUGACUAUGGAGAUAUAAUAAAGGAGACAUUGAGUAAAACCAGACAAAUUGACAAAAUUCAGUGUGCCAAGACACUUAUUCUCAGCUUACAGCAGCUCUUCAAUGAGCUUGUUCAGGAACAAGGCCCUAACUUGGACAGAUCAUCAGCUCACGUCAGUGGUAUUAAAGAGCUUGCUCGACGGUUUGCUCUUACAUUCGGUCUGGAUCAAAUCAAAACCAGGGAGGCUGUUGCCACUUUACACAAAGAUGGUAUAGAGUUUGCUUUUAAGUAUCCAAACCAAAAUGGACCUGACUAUCCUCCUUCAAACCUUGCUUUCCUUGAAAUUCUGAGCGAAUUCUCAUCUAAGCUUCUGCGACAGGACAAAAAAACUGUGCAUGCAUACCUGGAGAAAUUCAUGUCUGAGCAAAUGAUGGAGCGAAGAGAGGAUAUCUGGCUGCCCCUGAUUUCCUAUCGCAAUUCAUUGCUUACUGGUGGUGAAGAUGACAGAAUGUCAGUGAUCAGUGGAGGUAGCAGCAGUAAAGCCUCUACUAUACGUAGUAAGAAAGGACGUCCACCUCACAGCAAGAGGCGAACUGAAGAAGAGAGUGUGGAUAAUACGUGGAUGAACAGGAAUGAUACCAUUCAGACUCCAGCAGUUCUGCAUGCUCCACAGUUAACUUCUACUGUCAUGCGUGAAAACCCUCGGCAAGCAGCAGAACAUAAUAUGGAAGAUCAGGAAUCUGAACGUGGAUCAGAGUCAGAUUUUGUGCAGAACCCUCAGAUGCAAAUAACCUGGUUGGGCCAGCACAAGUUGGAGGAUGCACACCGAAAAGACAGAGUGGCCAUGAACUACAUGAAAGCAAGAGGUGGUGUAAGGCAACCAAUCCGCAGCCACAGUUUAAUGGAAGAUGAUGCAGAACCAAUUUUUGAAGAUGUAAUGAUGUCAUCGAGGGGUCAGUUGGAGGAUAUGAAUGAAGAAUUUGAAGACACUAUGGUUAUUGACUUGCCCCCAUCACGGAACAGACGUGAACGAGCUGAACUCAGACCGGAUUUCUUUGACUCCACUGCCAUGAUGGAAGAUGAUUCGGGCUUUGGAAUGCCUAUGUUCUGAGAGACUGCUGGAAGUUUUAUAUUUUUAAGAACUCCAUCGUCUAAAGAGAAU